CUGCCACCAUCCUCACCAUGGCCACCAUGCAGAUCCACUACCUGCUGCUGCUGACAUUCUGCUGCUUACUCUUCUUCCAGCCUGCCCAAGGUUCUGAUCUGCUCACCAGUCUCGGCCACAGAUCUGAUCAAUACAAAUGUCUCAAGAACGGAGGGAUUUGUCGCUACUCUCCUUGCCCACUCUAUUCCAGGGUUGAGGGCACCUGUUACAGUGGGCGCGCCAAGUGCUGCAUGUGACCUGGGAGAAAACGCAAGAAACAACUCCGAAAUCAAGAGAGAUUUUCAGCAUUGCUUUAAUAAAGGAAA